AUGACAAUUCUUACAAUAUCCUUAUUCCCAUUUCUUCUUCUUAUUGCAGCUGCCUGUGUUAGCUUCUGCCAUGGCAAUUCCAAUGUGCUUUGCAUUGGAAGUGAGAGAGACGCUCUUUUGAAGUUGAAAAAUGAUCUGAUCGAUCCCUCAAACAGGCUAUCUUCCUGGGUUAAAGGUGGGGAUUGCUGUGAAUGGAAUGAUGUUGUUUGCCAUAACACAACAGGUCACGUCACCCAACUGCUCUUGUCUCCUCCUGACGGACGGCAAAGUUACGGUCGUUCAGCUCUAGGAGGAAAAAUCAAUCCUUCUCUGCUGGAGUUGCAUCAUCUCAAUUGGCUUGACUUGAGCAAUAACGAUUUUCGAAGCAUUCAAAUCCCUGAGUUUUUGGGUUUGCUGGGGAGUUUAACAUAUCUUAACCUCUCCCAAACACUAUUCCUGGGAGCCAUUCCUCGUAACAUUGGGAAUCUCUCACAGUUGCAGUAUCUCGACCUCGGAGGUAAUUAUUUCUCGGAAGAAGUGAAAAGUCUUCAAUGGGUUUCUGGACUUUCUUCUUUACGGUAUCUUGAUUUGAGUGGCGUUCAUCUUGGUAAGGCAACUGAUUGGUUGCAGGUAACAAUAUCCAAUCUUCCUUCUUUGUUAGAGUUGCACUUGUCUGGUUGCUAUUUGGAAGGCCCAAUUCCAGAUUACUUUGGGAACAUGUCGUUUCUUAAAGUUGUUGAUCUUAGUUUCAACUCGCUCAAUUCAUCCAUACCCAUCUCCUUGUAUAGUUUAAACCAUCUUCAAUCCCUUGGUCUUACUGGUAACUAUUUACAAGGUGAAAUUUCGAAUGCAAUUGGAAACUUGAGCUCUCUUACUCACCUUGAGCUCUCAUAUAAUGAGCUGCAAGGAAAAGUACCAGCCUCUUUGGGAGAUGUUUGCAAAUUGAAGGAUAUUGAUUUGUCAUCUAAUGGAAUUGAGCAAGACGUAUCAGAAAUCCUACAGAGUCUGUCUAAAUGCGGUUUGGAGAGCUUAGAGUCAUUGAGUAUGGCAGAUAACCAACUUUCUGGCCAUUUAACUCAUAAACUUGGGCAAUUUAAAAUUUUAGCUUAUCUUUACCUUGCUAAAAACAACAUUUCUGGUCCCAUUCCAUUGUCGAUAGGAGAGUUAUCAUCUUUGAAGGUCUUUGAUGUUUCAGAAAAUCAAUUAAAUGGUACUCUUCCUCCAAAUUUUGGAAAAUUGGCAAAUUUAGAAACUCUAGAUAUUUGGAAAAAUAAAUUAAAUGGUCCUCUUCCUCCAAGUUUUGGACAGUUGAAAAAUUUAGAAGUUGUAAAUAUUGGGAAAAAUAAAAUGGAAGGAGAUGUAUCAGAAACUCAUUUUUCUAAUCUCACAAAGUUGUCAACGUUGUCUGCAUCCGAAAACAAGUUGAGAUUUGAACCAAACACAAGCUGGAUUCCUCCGUUUCAAUGUGAAAUGAUCCUAUUGAGUCAUUGGCAUCUUGGCCCCAAGUUUCCCCAUUGGUUGAAGUUCCAAAAGAAGUUGUUUUCUUUAGAUCUCUCUCAUGCGGGAAUAGCGGACGUCGUGCCCACUUGGUUUUUGAACCUCUCCACUCAAUUUCAAAUGUUAAAUCUUUCCUCUAAUCAACUUACUGGAGGGAUUCCAUAUUUGACAGUAGGAAACAUUGUCGACCUGAGUUCAAACCGAUUCUCUGGUCCGCUGCCAAGACUUUUGUCAAACCAAUUCUAUGAUGCAUUUCCAGACCCAUUUUUUAGUCUUUCAAGGAAUUUAUUUUCAGGAUCUCUUUCUGAAUUUGUUUGCAAUUCAUCAGUGACAUCAAUGUCUGUUCUUCACAUUGAUACAAAUCUUCUCUCUGGAGAAAUUCCGGAUUGCUGGAAUCGUUGGAAGAAGUUAGGGAUCUUAAAUUUGGGAAACAACAAUUUGACAGGAAGAAUCCCAUCUUUGGGAGAUGCAAGUCUUCAAAUGCUAAACCUUCGGAACAAUAGCAUGUUUGGAGAAUUACCCUCCACUUUGCGAAGUUGUAGGGAUUUGGUUCUUCUUGAUCUCAGUGAAAAUCAUUUCAGUGGAAGAAUACCUGCAUGGAUUUGUGACAAGCUCUCUAACCUUAUGGUACUAAGCCUCCGGUCAAAUAACUUUGUUGGGCAUAUCCCUCAUAAAAUUUGCGCACUUCAAUCUCUUCAGAUCUUGGACCUUGGACACAACGACAUUUCAGGAGCUAUUCCAAAAUGUUUGAGAAAUUUAAGUGCAAUGGCCAUUAAAGAAAAACAAAGUGAGCACUAUUACGAAGGGGUAACAUUCUAUAGUAAUACAGAAACCAUCCAUUUUUUGAUGAGUGCGUCAUUGGUUCUGAAAGGGCGAGAGGACUUGUAUAGUACCACACUGGGACUUGUUACAAGCAUAGACCUUUCAGCUAAUAGUUUUACAGGACAAAUCCCAAAAGAAGUUGGAACUCUCAUUGGGCUACUGUCAUUAAAUCUUUCAAGGAAUCUCCUAACAGGAAAUAUACCAGACAGCAUUGGCGACUUGAAGUUGAUAGAAUCACUUGAUUUGUCGAUGAAUCAUUUGCAUGGUGGAAUCCCUUCAAGUUUCUCAAAUUUGAACUUCUUGAAUCACUUCAACGUGUCCUACAACAACCUGACGGGACAAAUCCCAACAGCUACUCAGCUUCAAAGCUUUGAAAACUCUUCCUUCAUGGGCAAUCAUCUCUGCGGGCCUCCUGUGAGUAAAAGCUGCAGCACUAAAGGUGUUCCUACUGAUGCUUCAAAGAAUGGAGAAAACAGUGGAAGAAGUAAAGUGAACGGGUUUUAUGUGAGUAUGGUUGUUGGGUUUGUAAUGGGAUUUUGGGGAGUAGUGGCUCCCCUGUUUUUCAUCAGGUCAUGGAGGCAUGCAUAUUAUGGAAAGCUGGAGCAUAUUGGUAACAAGGUGUAUGUGUUUUGGGCUACUAAAUGUAUCUAGUUCCAAGAGGAAACAAAUAAAAUGUAUCUAGUUCCAAGAGGAAACAAAUAAAAUGUAUAAUUAAUGUUUGCGUGUGUUUGUAGUUUGUGUAACUUAUUGACAAAGUAUGUGUGAUUGAAAAAGUUAUAGCAAGUAUAAUUAAGGUUUGUGUGUGUUUGUAGUUUGUGUAAUAUAUUGAAGU